AGGGUAGAUCGUGCACUUCGAAAUAAUCCUAACAGAUUGUAAACAAAAAAGUGGACGAUGGAUAACUUGUGUCGCAUUUGCAAGUUAAGAAAAGGCUUGUUGGUCAAAAGUGGAGAUUCCCUUCCAGAAACCAUCUGCGUGCUAUGCCUUAGCAAACAAAACCAAGAGGUCGUUGAGACGAAUUCAUUUCAGGAAGAAGUUUUCGAAAUAUCCGAAUACCAAAUGAAGGAAGAGGUCCUUGAAGAGGACACAACGGAUGAAAACUAUGAGAAUGACAAGUUGAAUUGUAGUGAAGUUAGCUUAGCUAAAAAUGAAGAAUUAAUGAUGGAAAAGAGUGAAUUCGACAUUCAGGUUAAAAACGAGCCAGUUGAAGAAGACCUACUUGAAGAUGAGGAUAGUAUAGGCAAUAUUCAACCUCUUGAAGACUGGUUAAAAGUGGAAGAUACCGAUAUCACUGAAGAUUAUAGUAUUGAUGAUCCUGGUAUCAACGACGUUGAUAAAGAAUGCAGUUUUAGUCCUAGAAAUAGCGAUAUUGAUAAAGACUGCAUAAUGACCGAUCUUCUCUUCAAGUGUCCUCAUUGUCCGAAAAGCUUCAAAAGGAAUUCUAUUCUUCAGUUACACAAGCGGAUUCACGAUAAAGGUCGGCAACAGUACAAGUGUUCCUACUGCCCGAUGGUUUUUCAGCAACAUUCCAGUCUAAUAUUUCAUGUUCUAGUUCACACGGGUGAGAGGCCGUUUAAGUGCUCCCAAUGUGAAUGGGCAUUUAAGUUAGAGGCGCAUCUCCAAUAUCAUAUGAAAGUUCAUACUAAAAAUCAGAAUUUAGGCAUUGACAAGUACCAGAAUCCAUUCCAAUGUUCGCAAUGCUCAAAGACAUUUCCACAAAAAUCUAACCUUCAGAAUCAUUUAAGAAGGUGGCAUGUCGAAGGAAAAUCAACCCAGUGUCCUCACUGCCCCGAUUCGUUUCCAGGUACUUACAGCCUUUUAAAUCAUAUCCGCAAAGCCCAUCCAAACGUAGAAUACCUAAAAUGUCCCAUGUGCUGCAAGACUUUUAUGCUUCGUAGCAGUUUGAAAGAGCACAUGAACAUCCACUCGAAUAAAAAACAGUUCCAGUGCACUCAGUGCUCGGAGGCCUUUUCUGUGAAAAGGCAACUACUUAAACACAUCCAUUGCUCCCAAUGCUCAGAAGUAUUCAACGAUCAUGUAAUACUCGCGAAGCACAUGCUUAUCCGACAUCCAAAAGAAUUGAGAUAGGUUUGUGAAUAUUUAUCUCUCAUUAACACUAAGUUAAAGUAUAAUAUUAUUGUUCAAAAUUAAUAAAAUGCCAACCUUUAAAA